CAAGAAUAGUUGGAAUUAAAAGCAAGUUUAAACUGAAACUAGAUCAGCUUCUAGAGGAUGCCUACAAGCAAACACCGCCGCAAUGUUGUGGACAUCACCAAGCUGGUCCGGCACCAUUUUACCGAGUUCCUUGACCACGAGCAGAGGCGGCACGCGGACCUCAAGAAACCUGUCAUCUUGUGGAACCUGAUGAGGGUCAAAUACAGUCCCACCAAGUACACCCGACGCGACACCCCCAAGAUGCCCAACACGAAUGUGUUGUUUACCGCGACCUUUGACAACAUGACCACCUCAGCCCAGACCUACAAGCUCCGCACCAAGAGGAUGACCACAUCGACGUCAGAGAUCAACCUCGGCAAGAUCUUCACCUACAGCGGCAACGUCGAACUGGACAUCAAGGCGCCGGACUCAGUGGUCAAGGCAAAUGGGGGGCUCAAGGCUGAAGUCAGGACAGAGAAAAGCACCAAGGCUAUCACCGAGCACGAGCUGAUCUGGCGACUGGACACCAGACUGGAGGUCGAGCCGGGCCACUCCAUCAGGGUCGAGAUGGUCGUCCAGGAGGACAUGUACGACGGGGACUUUGAGAUGCUCACCACCUUCGAUGGCGUGGUGAUUGUCACGUAUUACGACAAGAAAAACAAUGAGGUCAUCGACUCUUUCCAGGACGUGGUCAGCUCCAUAUUCACGCCGGACAAAGGAUUCCUCAUGGACAGCCGGAACCGGCCGACCUUCCUGGUCAAGGGCAGGUGCAAGUGUCGCUACGGCGUGGAGCAGUUCGUCCGGGUCAGGGAGAGCAACGUGCCCAGAAGGGAAUUUGAUCAGCUGGUCUUUAGCUAGGUCACGUGGUACUCUGGGUAUCACGUGUGGGUCUCGCUGUUCACCGAAUGUUUCUUUUGAUCACGGUUAGAUUUUUGUAGUUUCCAAUGUGUAUUUUGAUUAGA